CUUUUGUCCCGAGCGUCCAACACAGCGACCUCUCACUCCCCCAUCCAUUGCGCCGCCAUUUCGUCGACGAUGGCUUUUAGACCGCUGUUGCGGAAGCGCACCGUCACCCCGGUCGUGGCAGCCGUCGCCGGCGCUGGCAUCAUCUUCUCCGCUCCCCGCGAGCUCCAUGCCGAAGAACGCCUCUCAGACGACUCAGCGAGCAACCGCAAGCCUAUCUAUGAUGACUCUACACCCUCCGGCCCUACUCCAUCAACUUCCGCGUCCCUUGACUCGUACCGACCAACUCCCACCGACCGCCUCGCCGUCCAAGUCGGCCGUGCCCGCCGUGCUCUCCAUAAACAGGCCACCAGAGCCGAAGAUGCCGUCAACGCUGCCUUGACUAAGACGCUCCGUCUCGAGCACUCCUUCACAUCCACCCUCCGCUCACUCGCCCCGCCAAAGGAAUCCAACGAGAAGCUCCUACCCGGAGUUAUCUACGUGCUCGUCGCCAGCAUGGCUGGAUCUAUCGUCACACGGAACCGUAACAUCUUGCUCAGGGCUAGUGUGCCCGCCGCAAUCGGCAUCGGCGCCGCCUCCGCUGUUCUUCCACUGACCAUGAAGAACGUUGGAGAUCUGGCGUGGACCUAUGAGGAGAGAUUUCCCACUGUCGCCGAAACACACUUGCAGGCGAAAGCGAGGGUGCAAAAGUUCUGGGAUACAGGGAAGGCCCAUUCGGUCAUGACGGUCGGAAUGAUUACCGACAAGGUUGGCGAGAUGCGGGAGAAGCUCGAGGACUGGGUCAAGAAGGGGAAAUGAGCUUCUUUGCCUCGCAACCGAGCAUACUUGGACUUGGACAUUAGCUGGGGUACUUGGCCGUCCAACUAUCUGUAACAUAGCUGUCUUAUAGAGGAGCCGUUAUGUCUAAGCUAGGAAGGGAAAGGAUCCCUUCAAUGCAUUCCUACAUUCUCGUUUGC